UUAAGUUGCACCACUUGGAGCGACUGGGACUCCAGGCCAGAUGGAAAAAUCCAAAAAUUUCCGCAUCGACGCCCUCCUGGCUGUCGAUCCUCCAAAAGUACAGACCUCUCCCCUGGCGCUGGUUACCUCUCUGUCCUCCUCUUCCCUUUCAUCGUCCGGAAGUGUAAACGCUUCUGAGCUGAACACCAGCACCGAUUCCUUAAGGACUGAGAGCCCAUCGCCGCCAAGGAUUUCCUCUUGCGGCCUGAUUCCCAAACCGGGCUUCUUGAAUAACGCCCACUCCAGUAUGGUUGGAUUACAUCCUCAAAGUACCGCGGGUAUUCCGCCGCAGGCUUUCUACGGCCACCCAAUGUAUACGUAUUCUGCGGCUGCCCUUGGUCAGCAUCCGGCCCUUUCCUAUUCCUACCAGCACGGGUCCCAUCACCACCACCCCAACGAGUCCGUCAAACUCACCGCAGGAACGUUUCAACUGGACCACUGGCUGCGCGUCUCCACAGCAGGAAUGAUGCUUCCGAAAAUGUCGGAUUUUAACUCUCAAGCGCAGUCUAACUUACUGGGCAAGUGCAGAAGACCAAGGACCGCGUUCACCAGCCAGCAGCUGUUGGAGCUGGAGCAUCAGUUUAAGCUAAAUAAGUACCUUUCCCGGCCCAAAAGAUUCGAGGUGGCCACAUCAUUAAUGCUGACUGAAACCCAGGUAAAAAUAUGGUUUCAGAACAGGCGGAUGAAAUGGAAGCGCAGCAAGAAGGCGAAGGAGCAAGCGGCCCAGGACGCCGAGAAGCCCAGAAACAGCAAAAACGGCCAAGACAAGUCCGACGGCUUGGAGAGGACGGACUGCCAGCGGUCAGACCCCGUGAAAAGCAACAGAACAAGAGACUUCAGGGACAGUGACGAGGAAGAAGCGGAUGAUAAUUACCUGUACAACUCGUCGGAUUGCUCCUCGGAGGACGAGAGAAGCCACACCGGGCAGAUCAGUCCGCAGCAGUAAGAUGAUUAGGCCGGCGGCGGUGUACGGUAGUCUGAAACAUUUAUUUUAUUUGUAUUGAAUAUUUUAAACGGUCUGUCUAAUUUUACGAGAAACGUGCAUGUAUUCAUUACCUGCAAUUGAAAGUUAAAAUUACAAAUCUAAUCACUAAAAAUAUAAAAUCAUUUCCAUCGACGGCUUGAUGUGAAGCUGAUACAGAAAAAUAAAACUCUGAUUUAUUUGCAUUAACAAGGACACUUACUCUCACGUUGAGAAAUUACCAGUCGAAUCUCUUACAAUGCAUGUUUUUCUCUCUUAGAAAUGUUGUUUAAUCAGUCUUAAAAUUUCAACUUCAUUCCCUCGCACCUCACGGCUACUUGAGUGUGAGCAAUUUUUAUAGGCCUACUAAAUUAAA